GUUUGACCUUGGCGUCAGCCAGCCUGCUGUAAGUGAUGUAUUCUCUUAUCUCUCUGCUGACAAAAACAGCAUCCUUCAGCUGGUGUAUUUAAGGCCAGAGUCCAAAGAGAAUUCCAACGAAACGGCAACAACAUCAACAUCAACAGCAAAGCCGUCGCAACUCUUCCGAAUCACCGCAAUGCUGCCAGCGACUUUCAAGCUCUGUGCCGGCAUCUCGUACAGACACCUACACAAUAUGACAGGCUUGAAGAGACAAGCGGCAGUUGCAAUCAUCCAGGAGUUGAAUAAAUUCGCAUUUAGCAGGCCUGGUCCUAGUAAAUGGAUCCACCAAGUUCGCAGGAGGAGCUCUUUGCUCAGCUCUCGACUGGAGGAGAACCCCUUCAGCGAAAUGGAGAUGUCCUACAUCAAACAAGGAGAGGAGGCUCUUCAGAAAUCACUUAAUAUUCUUGGAGACCAAGGGGGCUGGAAAACAGAGACAGUGAUGGACAAUGGUGACAAAGUGCUGAGUAAAGUACUCCCAGAUGUGGGGAAGGUCUUCCGGCUCGAGGUGGUGGUUGAUCAACCCCUGGACUGUGUCUACGGAGAGUUAGUGGAAAGGAUGGAACAGAUGGCCGACUGGAAUCCAAAUGUCAAAGAAAUCAAGAUCCUGCAGAAAAUCAACCAAGAUACCGUGAUCACCCACGAGACUGCGGCGCCCACCCCUGGCAACAUCGUCGGCCCGCGAGACUUUGUGAGCGUCCGUUGUUCCAAGAGGCGCGGAUCAACGUGCGUUCUAGCUGGCAUGUCCACCACCUAUGCGGCAAUGCCGGAACAGAAGGGGGUUAUCAGAGCAGAGAAUGGUCCCACAUGUAUGGUUCUCCGACCACUUGCAGGGGAUACCUCCCAAACCAAGUUAACUUGGCUUCUCAGCAUUGAUUUGAAGGGAUGGCUGCCAAAGACACUCAUCAACCAAGUCCUCUCCCAAACCCAGGUGGAUUUCGCUAAGCACCUCCGUAACCAUCUGACCACCGCUUCCGCCUCCGCGCACGCCGUGUGUUGUUGAAGCAAAGCACUCCUCCCCAUCCCACCUCAGUUCCUCCUGGAUGAUGACCUCUCGCUCAUGGACCACUCGCUCACAGCUUUCUCUGCCAGCUGAGGUCUACCGCUCUAGAGAAAGGCACCUCCAUCUCUCCUGCUAGGGACCAGGCUGCUUCUUAGUAUACUAACCGAGAAGUAGUUUUUGUCUUCCCAAGCAAUAGAGCAGCAGAUGUACCAUGCCUAGCAGUUUCCUUUGAAGAUCUGUUGAUGGUACUUUAUGAGAACACACAGGAAGAAGUAGAUACUACAUCCCCCAUGAUAGAUGCCUGGGAACCUUUCUGUUUUAGGGCUCAGGGCCUGCUAUGCUGUAAGACAGAUCGGUUGGCACUUCAGGUAGCAGAUGCUACAGCCACGCAGCUCACCUUGAGCUCAAGUGCUGCCCCUUAGGUGCGCUGGAUGUUGUUGUCACACCGCAAGCCAGUGUUGAAGUAAAAUUCAACAGCCAGUCCAGUCGGUUCCUCAACAAGGAAUAAGUGUGUGUGGGAUCUUUCAUCUUCACCUCAAGCCUAGCUGGCCCUACGCCCUAAAACAGAAAGGUUUCCAG